AUGGAUCCCCGCCGUCUCCCCUUCCUCCUCUUCCUCCUGCUCGCCUUCGUCUCCGCCGUUGCCGCCUCUGACGAGAUCCACGGAUGCGGCGGCUUCGUCCAGGUGAGCUCUGGCUUGGCCAAGUCGAGGAAGGCGUCGGAUUCCAAGCUCGAUUACUCCGACAUCACGGUUGAGCUCUGCACUGUUGAUGGUUUGGUUAAAGAAAGCACACAGUGUGCUCCUAAUGGCUACUAUUUUAUCCCAGUCUAUGAUAAGGGUUCGUUCAUGGUCAGAGUUAAGGGGCCCAAGGGAUGGUCAUGGAAGCCCGAAACUGUUCCUGUCAUCGUUGAUCACAAUGGGUGCAAUGAAAAUGAGGAUAUAAAUUUCCAAUUCACUGGGUUUAUGAUAUCUGGUAAAGUAGUGGGAGCUGUUGGUGGUAAGAGCUGCUCAAAAGGGGGAGGACCUGCUGGUGUGAAAGUUGAGCUGAUGACAGAUUCUGAUGAGUUGAUUGCAUCUGCUUCGACGUCAUCAUCAGGAGAAUAUUCAUUUACAAACAUAAUUCCAGGGCGUUACAGAUUACGUGCUUCUCAUCCUGAUUAUGAAAUUGAGUUGAGGGGCUCACCAGAGGUUGACUUGCGAUUUGGAAAUGUCGUGGCAGAUGAUGUCUUCUUUGUAUCUGGAUAUGAUAUUUAUGGCACUGUGGUUGCACAGGGAAAUCCGAUAGUGGGAGUCCACCUAUAUUUGUAUUCAAAUGAUUUAACGGAGGUCCCUUGCCCACAAGGUUUCAGUGAUGCACCCAGGGAAGGUGCUCUUUGCCAUGCAAUAUCUGGUGCUGAUGGGAAGUUCACAUUUAGAUCACUACCUUGUGGUAGCUAUGAGCUGUUGCCAUACUACAAGGGGGAGAACACCGUCUUUGAUAUUUCACCAUCUUCACUUCCUGUUUCUGUUGAGCAUAGUCAUUUGACCAUUCCCCAAAAAUUCCAGGUUACUGGAUUUUCUGUUGGAGGGCGUGUUAUUGAUGGUUAUGGUGCUGGUGUGGAGAGUGCCAAUGUUGUAGUUGAUGGGCAGUUGAGAGCCAUAACAGAUAGUCUCGGAUACUACAGACUUGAUCAGGUUACAUCCAAGAAGUAUACUAUAACUGCUGAGAAGGAUCAUUAUAAGUUCAACCGUUUGGAGAAUUUUAUGAUUUUACCAAAUUUGGCCAGUAUUGAUGAUAUCAGAUCAGUUAGAUAUGAUGUAUGUGGUAUUGUUCGAACAGUUACUCCGAAUUCAAAAGCAAUGGUUACUUUAACACAUGGACCAGAAAAUGUAAAGCCACAGCGGAAAUUAGUGGGUGAAAAUGGACAAUUUUGCUUUGAGGUUCCUGCUGGUGAAUACCAGUUAUCUGCAUUACCUGUAGAUUCCGAACGUUCUUCUAGUCUUAUGUUUUCACCAGGAUCUAUUAGCAUCAAUGUAAAUAGCCCGUUGCUUGAUCUGGAAUUCUCUCAGUCACAAGUCAAUGUUCAUGGUAAAGUCUCAUGCAAAGAGCAAUGCAACCAGAACAUUCUGGUCUCGCUUGUUAGAUUGGCUGGCGGUGUUGAGCAGGAAAAGAAGACAGCUACAUUGGAGCAAGAUAAUGUCAGUUUUGUGUUCAAGAAAGUAUUUCCUGGAAAAUAUCGUGUAGAGGUGAAGAAUUCUUUACCCGAGGGCUCAGCUAAGGAUGAUUGGUGCUGGGACCAAAGUACCUUGAAUGUAGAUGUUGGUACUGAUGAUGUGAGAGACAUUGUGUUUGUACAAAAAGGCUACUGGAUUGAGCUAGUUUCAACUCAUGAUACUAAAGCUUAUAUUCAGCAGCCAGAUUCUUCUAGACUUGAUUUGUCGAUAAAGAAAGGAUCUCAAAGGAUUUGUGUUGAAACUUCAGGGCAACAUGAGAUUCAUUUAACUAAUCCUUGUAUUUCCUUUGGGAGUUCGUCUGUUUUGUUUGAUACAGCUAAUUCGGUGCCGAUUCAUAUCAGCGCAAAGAAGUAUCUUGUAAAAGGUGAAAUCCAUGUGGACAUGAGCUCCCUUCAGGAAAACAUUGAUUCCAAGGAUAUAGUCGUGGAUGUCUUGAAGAGUGAUGGCAGUUUCGUAGAAAAGAUAUCCACUUCACUUGUUCUUGGAAAGGAUAAUCAAAAUGACUUUACUGCCUUUGAGUACUCUAUUUGGGCUGACCUUGGGGAGGACUUCAUCUUUGUCCCCCAUGAUUCUAGCACUGGAAGGAACAAGGUCCUAUUUUAUCCAGCAAAACAGCAGUAUUCAGUGUCUACGGAUGGAUGCCAAGAUACCGUUCCUCUAAUCACUGCAAAAACUGGUCUAUACCUUGAAGGAUCAGUGUUACCUGCAACUUAUGAUGUUGACAUCAAGAUUCUAGCAGCUGGAAAGAGCAACUAUGCCCAUCUGAACAAAGGGGAUGUAGCAACAGAGACAAAGACAGAUUCUGAAGGAUCAUUUUUUGCAGGUCCUUUGUAUGAUGACAUAGCAUAUAAAGUUGAAGCUUCAAAGGAUGGUUACCAUCUCAAGCAAACUGGCCCAUACACCUUUUCUUGUCAGAAGCUUGGUCAGAUAUCAGUGCGGAUUUAUGGUGAAAAUUCAGAGCUUUUACCUUCAGUAUUAUUAUCUUUGAGUGGCGAGGAAGGGUACAGAAAUAACUCAAUUAGUAGUUCUGGUGGAACUUUCACCUUUGACAACUUAUUUCCUGGAAGUUUCUAUCUCCGACCACUUCUGAAGGAAUAUAAAUUCAAUCCGUCAGCAGUAGCUAUUGAUCUUAAUUCUGGAGAGUCUAGGGAGGCUGAAUUUCGUGCAACCAGAGUGGCUUACAGUGCCAUGGGUUCUGUAACACUAUUAACUGGCCACCCAAAGGAGGGUGUUUUUGUUGAAGCAAGAUCUGAAUCCACAGGUUUUUAUGAGGAAGCUACCACAGAUUCUUUUGGUAGAUUUCGUCUUAGAGGACUUGUGCCUGGAUCAACUUACUCUAUAAGAGUGGUUGCAAAAGAUAAUCUUCGGUUUGCAGCAGUUGAGCGCGCUUCACCUGAAUAUUUGUCGGUUAAUGUUGGUCGUGAAGACAUUACUGGUAUUGAUUUUGUGGUUUUUGAACGCCCGGAAGUAACAAUCUUGAGUGGUCAUGUGGAAGGAGAUGGCAUUGAUACGUUACAGCCACAUCUCUCUGUUGAAAUCAGAUCAGCAGCAGACCCGUAUAGAGUAGAAUCUGUACUUCCUGUUCCUCUUUCGAACUACUUUGAGGUGCGAGAUUUGCCCAGGGGCAAGCAUCUUGUUCAGCUUCGAUCUGGCCUUCCAUCACAUACACAUAGGUUUGAAUCAGAUUUAGUUGAAGUAGAUCUGGAAAAGGAACCCCAAAUCCAUGUUGGCCCCCUCAAAUAUAAAACUGAAGAGCGUCAUCAAAAGCAGGAACUGACCCCAGCACCAGUUUUUCCGCUUAUUGUUGGAGUUUCUGUGGUCGCACUGGUGAUCAGUAUGCCAAGGUUAAAUGACUUGUACCAGAGCGCUGUUGGGAUGACUUCUCUGGGUUCGGGGAUGGCACCAAUCAAAAAGGAGCCACACAAGAACAUAAUUAGAAAGAGAGUGUAA